GCGGGCGGUGCGGGGGCGGGGCCGUGGCGCUGGAGCGGCUCGUUGUGCGCUGCGGACCGAUCGCCUUCCGCUGCCCGGGCCCGGCCGCCGCCGCCGCAGAUAUAUUGUAAAAUGUCCAAUGGUUAUGAAGAUCACAUGGCUGAAGAUUGCAGGGAUGAUAUUGGUAGGACAAAUUUAAUUGUGAACUACCUUCCUCAGAACAUGACACAGGAUGAAUUACGGAGUCUAUUCAGCAGCAUCGGCGAAGUGGAAUCUGCAAAACUUAUUCGGGACAAAGUUGCAGGACACAGCUUAGGCUACGGCUUCGUGAACUACGUAACUGCAAAAGAUGCUGAAAGAGCAAUAAACACACUGAAUGGCCUCAGACUUCAGUCAAAAACUAUCAAGGUUUCCUAUGCCCGCCCAAGUUCUGAAGUUAUCAAGGAUGCUAAUUUAUAUAUCAGUGGCCUGCCCCGGUCAAUGACACAGAAGGAUGUAGAAGAUAUGUUUUCCCGUUUUGGGCGCAUCAUCAAUUCACGUGUGCUUGUGGAUCAAACCACAGGUUUGUCCAGAGGGGUCGCAUUUAUCCGGUUUGACAAAAGGUCAGAAGCAGAAGAGGCAAUUACAAAUUUCAAUGGUCACAAACCCCCAGGUUCCUCCGAGCCCAUUACAGUGAAGUUUGCAGCCAACCCUAACCAGAACAAAAAUGUGGCACUGUUGUCGCAGCUGUGUCAUUCUCCAGCUAGACGGUUUGGAGGGCCAGUGCAUCACCAGGCACAGAGAUUCAGGUCAGCAGAGAAUCAGGAUCUGCCACCGCCCUGCUCUUGGCAGAGAGCAGCUCGUGUACCGCUUUUAAGGGGUUUGCAAAUCACCAGUGGUACACCUCAAUUUGGGAACCCCUGGUUCUCUCCUAUGGGUGUAGAUCACAUGAGUGGGCUUUCUGGUGUAAAUGUUCCAGGAAACGCAUCUUCUGGCUGGUGUAUCUUCAUCUACAACCUUGGUCAAGAUGCUGAUGAGGGAAUCCUCUGGCAGAUGUUUGGCCCCUUUGGUGCGGUUACCAAUGUGAAAGUUAUUCGAGAUUUCAACACCAACAAGUGCAAAGGUUUUGGUUUUGUGACCAUGACAAACUAUGAAGAAGCUGCAAUGGCCAUAGCAAGUCUUAAUGGCUACCGCCUGGGGGACAAAAUCUUACAGGUUUCCUUCAAAACCAACAAGUCCCACAAAUAACUUGCUCGUGCUUUUUGUAUGGAAUAGAUAAUGGAGUGACAGAAGUUGAAACAUUUUUGUUAGUGUAAAACUCAUUUUGCGCCAAUUUUCACAAGUGUUUGUCUUAGUCUAAAUGAGAAGUGAAAAGGUUUUAUAUUCUGGGAUGCAACUGACAUGUUCAAAUGUUUGAAAUCCCACAAUGUUAGACCAAUUUUAAGUUCCUUUAAGUUAUUUCAUUUAAAACAUGUUAAAAAUCCCCUGAAAUCUUAAGUAGAUUGCAUUAACUAGACCCUCUGGAUGGUGGUAAAAUUGAAGCAUGCUUUCACUUAUGAGACUAACAUUUGUUUCAUUGAAUGUUGUCUGCAAAAACUGGAAUUUUCUGAAAAAUAUCAGGCUGAAUUCAUUGAUUUUCUUUGGUUUUAUGUUGUUCUUCCUGCCCAUACCCCUGUCCUUUUGUUCCCCCUCAGUUUCAGUAGUAUGGAAGAAAAGUUGAGAAAUACUAAUGUUUUAGUUGACAGUAAAUUGUUUGAUAAAUUAAUAUUCAUUACUCUGUGUCUAGUUGAGGAUCAGGCUUUUUAAAGUCAAGGUCUUGUAAGUAGUAGCAUGCCAGCCUAACUUUAACACCAUUGAGGAGGUAAGUUGCACACUGAGCAGUGGUCAAGCUGUCCAAUUCACAGGUUUUAGAAAUGUGACUUUUAAAACCCACUUUGAGAGGAAUGGACCAAAGAGUUUCAAAGAAACUCCGGGAAGAUUUCAGAGUCAAAAUGAAACUCCAAAAAUGCGAGUGUGAAUAUAUGUUGCUACUUUAUCAGACUGAAUCUCUUCUGUCCAAAUAUUUAAUGCAUGGUGCACUACUUACUGGUACAUUAUAAUGCAGCAAGAUACUUACUCAUUUUCCAAGAUCAUUGUAGUUGGAAUUCCUUUGGCAGUUCUAUUUUGUAAAGAAAAACCAGUUAUAAACAUUUGAGCAUUGUAUUUCUCGCAUCCCUUCUAAUGAGUGCUAGUUUUUUCUAUUUUAAUAGGAUUUUGUUUUGACAACUAGCUUUACUUACUGAACACUCAGCAGAAAAGUACUUACAACUUGCAAGUUAGAUAUUAACCAAAAAAUCCCUUUGAUUUGUAGAUUUAAAGAUUAAUCCCCCAGGUUUUCUGCAGACUGCCUUGAAACUUUGAGUUGUUCUGUUUCUGUUAAUUUUCUUUUGCUUUUUUGUGUUUUUUGUUUGUUUUUACUUUUGCAUUUAAGAACAUUAAAUUUGAUUUUGUUUUGCUCAAAUUUUGUUUUGUUUUUUAUUUUCUGUUCUUUUUUUUGCUAAGUAUUGCACAAAGUGUCCAGCUUUCAGAGUGCUGUUUAAGGAACUGUAGCUCCGCUUUCAGAGAAUUUUAAUUUACUGCUUUGACAGAUAAGUAGAAGAAAAGAGUUUUGAAACAAGCACCACAAUAAAUCUGUCACAUAGAAAUGAGUGUCACAGACUGAUGUACACCCUCAGGUGUGCUUGGGUAGGAAACUGGGAAGGCUGACCAUACCUGUACAGGUGUGUGAGCUGCUGUGCACACCUAGAGACUAGGCUCUGGUGUUUAUGUAGGUAGGGCAGGUGUGAAAAUAAUGUCUGUGGCAGUUUAAUGCAGCGUCUCCUUGUUUUGCCUGAAUCUCUACCAGCUCCAGAGUUCAUUUCCAAACUCAAGAGGCCAGUCCAUGCUGCCUGCUUCUCUCACUCCAUCCCCAGCUGACCUUGCCUUAUGCUUGCCGCUGUUUGUCCUCUCCUUGUACUCUCCCUGCCAUGGGAUCUGCACAGCCUGAGGGCUCCCUCAGCCUCCACAUGUGACUGAGUUGGUGCCCAGCUCCAGGGAGGACCUGUGGGAGCUGCUGAUGUUUCUGGACCUGCCCAGGACCUAUCUAAACCCUGCAGAUAGGCCUUGGCCCAGCAAGCAGCCUUCUGCUGAGUUUGAGCUUGUGUGCGGUGAAUGCAGGUGGGAUUUUUCCUGUUAAGGCAUCCAACCUUGCCUCUCCUCCCAGUCUGCUCCCUCCCUAUCUCUUGAGGUGCUCAGUGGAACAGUGACUGUGACACAGCAGCCAGGCCACUCCCACCCCCCAAAGCUGCUCUUGACUGUCAGAGGUUUCCUUCCACCAUCCAUUUAUCAUGUCUAUGAUUAUUUCCUUUCUGCGUACAAGCAGAGCUUGGGAAGCAUUCUGGCUGUUCUCCCAAGUCAAAGCUGUGGGGUACAGAGAAGGUCUCUUUCAUGUCCCAUCAUUGUUGAACCCUGCACUGUCCUGUUCCACAGGAGUUGGGCUGUAGUCGUUCCUAGUUCCUGUCAUUCUCUCUUGCUUUAUUCCAUUGAAGAUAAAUUUGCUGCUAAACUAAAAUGGGAGUUGCUGUUUAUCACAAUAUUUAGCGGGGGUUCAGAUUUCCAGCGAGUGACCCCUAAACAUGACUCUUAUCAUCAGUACUGGUUCCAAGCACACUGGCCAUGGCAGCAGCACAUUGCUGUGCUGCCACUUUUGAAAAAAACCCUUCUCUUGAAUGCCUUCUGGCAUCACUGUUCCUUUCUUUUUCCACUGCUUCCCUAUUUUUCCGUCUCUCGUUCUUUGCUAAGUAAGAAGGAAAUGCAGGAUAUGGUUUUGUACUGCUACUACAACAAUCUCUUUUAGGAAAGAUCUGAUUUCAGCUUUCUUUGAUAGUUGCUCUGAUAAUAACUUUCAGGCAAAUGGUAUGAGCAAAGCACUGCUGCUUGAGUCAGGAAAAGAGGAAAAACUCCUGCUAAUAUCCAGAGCUGAUACCAGAAGUAGUAUAUGAUCUGUGCUAUUCUAACAGUCAGUAAAAUCUUGGCAUAAAUAGCUGAAGUCCAGAAAAAUUUGUGUAUAUAUUCUUGAUGCUUUUGGUCCUAUACCAAAAUGCUUGUGCAUCCUACUAGUAAAGACCAAAAGGAAGCUUCUGGGGAUGGAAACUAAAUUCUAACAAGACAUCUGCCAGGAGUUUUACUGCCCAAAAGGUAGGAGCAACUGUUUUCCUCCUCAGACUGCUUUGAAGCUCUCACUUGAACAGACCUGUUUCAAGAGAGUUUUUGGCCUCUUAAUUCUCAAAGAGUGCUCUGCUUUUUCAUCCAUCCAUUUGAUGGAAGCCAGGUGUUUCUGUCAGGUGAUGCUUCUAUCAGUAAGCACUUACAGGAUCUUUGUAGAACCAAAGGCUGUCUCAAAGCAGAGGUCUCACAUUGCUCAUGAGAUUCAGUGGUCUCAUUGAGGUAGAGAGUUCUGGAAAGUCUUAAUUGCUGGACUAGGAUGUGAUAAUCAGAUUCUGGAGAGCUGAAUUUUUUGGUCUGUACUGUGAGAUGUGCUACAGGAACAGCUGAGAUGGGAGUGUUUUGGGGUCCUUUAGAGUAGGUUAAGAGUCUCUUGGGACAGCCCCUGGUGUAGGUUCUGAAGGACCAGGUGUAAUUUCUGCUGAAAACACAGUUGUUUGUGCUGCUGCCUCAGGGUCUCAUGCAUAGAUGCUGAGGGGAGUCACUGCAUUUGCUUCCCAGUUGUCCACAUGAAGGAAUUCUUCCCAUGCAGAAUGCUGGCCAUGAGCCUCAUCACCUGUAAACCUCCUGUUAACCGUUAGCAGAUAGGGAAAUCCCACAUAAAUAUGGAAGAGGAAUCUCUCUCUGUCCUUGGUGUGAGCUGGCAAAGGCACAUGCAGAUCCUUCAGGUGAGGGGAUGGCAACACCAGAAAUCCAGACGUGAGCAGAAUCAGAGCAGCUCGGUGUGUUCAGUUCUCAGUGAUUCCCUGUUAGAUGGUGUCUGUUCACGGAUGUGUUGGAUUUAUUUUAUUUUAUUCUUCAAGCUGCAUUAUCAUAAAAUUUGGUUUACUUGACCUGCUCCACUCUCCUGUCAGAGACUGGCCAGUGCAGUUACUGUUGCCUCCUGAGCCUUCCUCUGCCAGUUCCUGCAUCUCUUCUUGCUCUGGAUCUGGGAAAGGCUUCAGGAUCCAGCUCUUAGGGUGAGGAGAGAAGUCACAUCACCACAGUGGUGUGUGUGGUCACACAGCUUUUCCUUCCAUUUGCUUGGAUAUGUUUUUUGUACAUCUAUAUCAUGUGAGUAUGAAAACCAUGGAAAAUCUAGAGACAAGUCACUGGAGCAGGAUAAAUUGUGUUCACUGCAGUGAACACUGGUUGGUCAGUGUGUGGUCACUUGCCCUUGUCCAGAUGAUCAAAGGGUGUUUGCAUGGAGAGGACACCUAUUUUUAUAGGGGGAUUGAACAUUGCAGAAAUGUUAUUGAUACAAAGCAGUUAAAAAUCUUUUUUUGAAAAGUUUAAAAAAAAAAACUUGGUAUCAUUUAUAGAAAGAAUAUCCAGCAGUCAAAACCAAAAUGAUGAACCAACUGUAAAGGUGAUCCAUUAUUUUAAGGCUGAGUUUGGAAAAUGAAUAGUCCUUAAGGUCCUUCAACAUUUGUUACAAUUCUAUGUUUCUUUAAUGUUCUGGGUAAGGUCAAUAAAGUAGAAAGUCUUCAAAUAUUUCAGGAGAAGUUUUUUUUCAGUGCAUUUUAGACGGCAAUAACUCAAGUUCCUUUUUGGAUAGUUUAUUACAUACAUGUUUUAAAACAACAAACUUGGAGAAUGUCCCCACGUUUACUUUUCUAACAUAAUAUACAUAUGAUAAACUGUUUAUUCAAAGUAGCUCCUCUGAUAGCUCUGCCUGCAGAAGGUUAGAGUUUGUGGGAGGUUUUUAACACCCAGCUCUUGUGAGCUGCUGGUAGCCUGGUUCAAUCACAUAAACAUGGAGCAGUUUGUCUGGAGGCUGCCUCUCUCAGAAGGUCACCUUACUUUUUAUUUCCAUAACGAAGAAAUGUGUCCUUUAUAACUCUGUCAGUGAAGCACCUUAUUGUUACAUUUCUACAUUUAGUCACCUACAAUUAGCUUUAGAGGGAAGGGACCAAAUUCACCUUUAGCAUAAAGAAACACCAACCCCUUGAGCUCUCUGAGUGGAGCUGCACUUGUGUUUUGGCUUUUUCUCAUUUUGUUUUUAUUUUCCAAGAGCUGAAUUGUCACCUGAGGUAUUUUAAUCUCUGUUUGGAAGCAGGGGAGUCUUUUUGUGCCUUCAGCAAGUUCCUCUAACGUAGCUCUGCACUUCUCAAGGUUGGCUGCUCAGCACAGUAGAAUGGAUAAAUCCAGAGCACAAGAGGCCAGUGGUUAUUUUCUCUGAUUAUUGUAUUUAUUAUUACUGGGUUUCUCCUUACUAAUAUAAAGAAUGAAAAAUGUGGAGUUCAUAAAAAGGGUCUCAAUUCCCUCCCUCUCGCUUGGAAGAGGCGGUGCCUCCAUGACAACCAGUGGAUUGAAAAUCACCGGUCAUUUCUGAGCGUCCGCUCUAGGUUGAUCAGCUACGGCGUCAUUUCAGUGGUUGCUGUUUGUAGUAGUCUCAUGUAGUCAAACAAAACCAAACUCAAAGUGUUGCUUUCUCAUCCUGCAUGAUUUAAAACCAGUCCAAGUCUUUAUGAUCUCUAAAGCAUAACUCACCACCCCAUGGGUGGGUUUGACAUUCAACUCUGGAGAUUCCUUCUAGAUGACAAGAUCACACUCGAUCAAACAGCAACAAAGGUUUAGAAAUAUUUUUCUGUUGAGUGGAGUUUUCAGCACUGAAAUUCUCUUUUGUUGCUAAUGAUGGGAAAACAGUAGUGGUAGAACUGCCACUUGAAACUUUGGAAAAUUGCUUCUGUGUUCACAUUUUAGAAUCUCAAUAUUCUCCUACUGUUGUUCCUGAUUUCUAAACAUUUUUGAGCAAGUUUUUAGUGGUAUGGCUGAGCUUUUUCACUUGGUCAUUGGGAAGAAAAUUACUUGAGACAUUUGAAACAUAAGUUGGGAUAAACCUUUAUUUGAUGAGUAAUUUGAAUAAUACUGUACUUCUAGUCUUUUUAUUGAUUUCCUUUCCUUUAACUUAUGUAAUCUUUUGUUUAUAAAUUAAUCUGUUUGUGGGACAGAAGGUUUUAUCAAUUGCUUUCCAUACUGUACAGUAUAUGAUUACACAUUUUGUAUAUUUAGUGUGUUUUUAAGUUAUUGAUUUGUUUUAUAUCAAAUAAUUUAUUUUUCAGGUACCAUUUUCAUUUAAACUUUGUUUUUACAUGGGUUUACUUUAAAUAAAGUAUGACACUGCUUUCCAAAUGUCUAAAAUGAAGUUGAAUCCCAUUGUGUUAUUUUGAGAUGAUUUAUGUAAAUUAACUUAUUUUAGAAAUAACUGCAAAAAUGUACUGAGUUCAUACUUUGGUUGUGCGUCAAUUCAAGUGCUUGGAAAUUCUCUGCAAUGAUUUUUGAGCAGUUCGAAAAAAUUGAGUUUUCAUAUUGAAACAGUUCAAAGAUUUGUUGAUGAAGCAGCAGUUUUGUAGAAUCCUGUGGAUGGAGUUAUGAACAUUGUUUUCUAUAUGGAUUUUCAAAAUUAAAUGAAAUAACUCAUAGAUAUUUUA